GAGAAAGAAAGACAUGAAGAAAUUGCUUUAGCGAAAAAAAAGACCAAACCUUUAUUCUUCUUCUUCUUCGAGUCUUAGCCUCUUAUGGCUAACCAGGUUCCUCUGUGGUCUCCGUUGUGCAUCAGUUUGUGCUUGUUUGCUUGGUUUCAAGGUUUCUUCUCGAUUGUCCAUGGCGAUAGUAAUCCCUCUCAACCUUUUCCCACGCCCAUUAACCGCGAUCUCUACCAUUCCAGUGGGGAUUUGAUGGAAGAGAUUAAAGCUUUGGUAAUUCGACACCCGGAUAAACUCACUUUGGAUACAAUUAAGGCUAGAAACAAGGGUUACUCUGCUGAGAUUGAUGUAAUUACUUAUUGUCGGAGAAGGCAGGAGGCCAAUGACAAGCCAAAGUUUCGGAUUCUUCUUAGUUUUGGGCAGCAUGGAAGGGAGCUCAUUACAUCUGAAGUUGCUUUGCGAAUCCUUUCAAUCUUGAGUAAAGAAAAGUUUCUGCCCGACUUGGACCUAGCCUCCUUAGACCAGACCCUUGACAAUCUUGUGAUAAAGGUGGUGCCUAUGGAAAACCUAAAUGGCCGCAGACUUGUAGAAGCUGGAGACCUCUGCGAGAGGAGAAAUGGGAGAGGAGUUGAUCUAAACCGUAAUUGGAGCGUAGAUUGGGGCAAAAAAGAGAAGGAUUAUGAUCCGUAUGAGGAAAAUCCUGGGACUGCUCCUUUCAGUGAGCCUGAAGCUCAAAUAAUGCGGAAAAUUGCAGUGUCAUUUGAUCCGCACAUAUGGGUUAAUAUUCACUCUGGGAUGGAGGCUUUAUUUAUGCCAUAUGAUCAUAAGAACACAACCCCUGAUGGAGUUCCCUCGCAAAAAAUGAAAUCAUUGCUUGAAGAACUGAACCAACUGCAUUGCCAGAAACGUUGCAUGAUUGGGUCUGGUGGAGGUUCCGUUGGGUAUUUGGCACAUGGGACAGCAACUGAUUUUAUGUUUGACAUUGUAAAGGUGCCCAUGGCGUUCACCUUUGAGAUAUAUGGAGAUGGAGCAGCAACAUCAAGAGAUUGCUUUAAAAUGUUCAAUCCCACCGACUUCGGUACCUUCAACAGGGUUCUCCAUGAAUGGUCUGCUGCAUUUUUCACAAUUUUUAAACUGGGGCCAAACUUGCUCGGUUCAAAUUAUUCAAAGCCCGCCGUAGACAAGUGGGUGUCCAUAGAUGAGUAUCUUGAUGGGUACUUGGUCGAGAGGAGUAGUAGAUAUGGAAAGAAGACGGAGGUGCUUGAUCUAGGAAUGCAGGAGAUAAGAACAUAUUUCAGGCUCUUCUUGUUAUCCUCAGUUCUGUUACUGUUCAUGUUCUGUUCCAGAAUUUCAAAAAGCAAGUUUUCUAGACCAAUUGUUUCUGCUAUUCCACUCUGAAUUCAGAAUAUAGGGUUUUUGAUUUGUAUACACAGCAUAGGAAUAUCUUGUUUUAACUUAUAGGUGUAAUGG